GCUGAGCGGUCGAGAGCGGGCGGCGGCGCAGGCCUGGCAGGCCCGCAUUUUCUUCAUUUUUGACAGAGGAGGAAUGGGGGAGAUAGAAGGAACGUACAGAGUCCUGCAGUCUGCAGGGAUACGCUUGAGCACCCAGACCCCCAUGGGAGUGAGCACCCUCGAACCAGGGCAGACGUUGUCACCCAGAAUGCAGGAGAAGCACCUGCACAUCAGAGUCAAGCUGCUGGACAACACUGUGGAGAUAUUUGACACUGAGCCCAAGUGUGCCGGCCAGCUCUUGCUGAUGCAGGUGUGGAAGCGCUUGAACCUGAUCGAGUGCGACUACUUCGGGUUGGAGUUUCAGAACGUCCAGUCCCACUGGAUCUGGCUUGAACCUAUGAAACCCAUCAUUAGGCAAGUACGAAGACCAAAGAAUGCAGUGCUUCGCCUAGCUGUGAAAUUCUUCCCACCUGAUCCUGGUCAGUUGCAAGAAGAAUAUACAAGGUACUUGUUUGCCUUGCAACUCAAGAGAGACCUCCAGGAAGAGCGCUUGGCCUGCACUGCCACCACAGCGGCCCUGCUCACAUCCCAUCUCCUGCAGGCGGAAAUAGGAGAUUACGAUGAAACCCUGGAUCGAGAACACCUCAAGGCCCACGAGUAUUUGCCUAGCCAGGAGUGCUGCCUCGAGAAGAUCCUGGACUUCCAUCGGAGGCACAUGGGCCAGACGCCUGCUGAGUCGGAUUUCCAGGUGCUGGAGAUUGCUCGCAAGCUGGAGAUGUAUGGUAUCAGAUUCCACACAGCUUCCGACAGGGAGGGGACCAAGAUUAACCUGGCAGUGUCGCACAUGGGUGUCCUGGUGUUCCAGGGAACCACCAAAAUCAACACCUUCAACUGGUCCAAGGUCCGUAAACUGAGCUUUAAGAGGAAACGGUUUCUUAUCAAACUCCACCCGGAGGUCCAUGGACCCUACCAGGACACAUUAGAAUUCUUGUUGGGGAGCAGAGAUGAGUGUAAGAACUUCUGGAAGAUCUGUGUGGAGUACCACACCUUUUUUAGACUUCUUGACCAGCCCAAGCCAAAGGCAAAAGCUGUCUUCUUCAGCCGGGGCUCCUCCUUCCGAUACAGUGGGAGAACUCAGAAGCAGCUGGCAGAAUACGUCCGAGACGGUGGGGUGAGGAGAACGCCAUAUGAAAGAUGGCACAGCAAGACCCAGGCAUCCCUCCGUGCUCUGACUGCAGACCUGCCAAAACAGAGCAUCUCAUUGACCGAGGGCUUGAGGACUUCUGCCUCCCUGUCUCCAGCAAAUGUCUCCUUGGGUCCAUUCCCCUCCUCCCCGGGGUCCCCUCCUGGCCUGCCCAGCUUCGAGGACAGCAGCAGCCCCCUUAUAGACCCCCCAGCUCCCGACGCCAAACGUUCAGCCUCCGAGCGGAGCCGCAGAGCAGCAGCUGGAGGCCCCGGCCUGCCCUCAGCCCCCCCGCCCAGGCCCCCCGAGCCCCAGCUGGUUCCAGGUGUGGGGCUCUGUCGUGUGGUGGGCGGCCAUGGCUCUGUCUGCCCUGUGGGGUGGAGUCUCAGUGCCGUGGACCCAGGUGCAGGGAGGGCCAGGGCCGGGCUCAGAGUCACCGGUGGCGAUGGUAGUGCUGGGGGUGCCUUUCCCACAGGCUCACUCCUGUCCUUGGGGGAGGACCCGUGUGGCCAGCAGUGCCGUGGGGCAGGCCCUGUGUUCCCAUUGACAAACGCGCAGCUGCAGGUGUCUGAGGAGUUCAUAGACGACGACCCCGCAGACAUCUCUUUCUUUGCUGGAGGCUCUGAGGCCUUUUCUUUCCCGCCUAGCUCUGUAGUCCCUCAGGAGCCCCAGGUCUCUGCCCAGCCCCCUGCACCUGUGUCCUUCCAGCACCUACAGUCUGCUGGGUCCAGCCCAAACAGCCUCUCUGCCGAGGCAGUAGAUGCGAGCGUGGAAGACAGUUUGGAGUUUGGAGAAGGGAGUGAUCUCAGUGGCACUUCCGAUGCUGCAGAGCUGCUGGGAGUGCAGGUGCGUGCCUGCCUCCCACAGAGCCGGGGGCGCCCCGCGGAGACCAGCUCCCUCAGCGACAUGCCACUCCAUGGUGUGCUGUCCUUGCACACGGCCAGCUCGGCCAGCCAGUCCGAGGCCAGCUCCAUGGUUAACUUCCCAGCCUGCUCAGUCCGCUCCGAGUCCAGCUCGGCCUUCCAGUUCUCUGACAUCAUCGACCAGUUAGAGCAGCUCAGCUACCCGCCCACAGCGGCCGAGGACUCCAGCAGCACAGACUCGAGCUCGUGGGACUCUGAAGCAGAGGCCCCCCUGGACAUGAGCCUCUUUUUCAGCAACCCUUUUGCACAGACCCAGAACUGGAAGGCCGAGCUGGACUCGGAGCGGACUGAGCAGGCUGGGAAGUUAACCAUGGAGCUGGCCUCGGACUGGCUGGCCGAGCUGGCCGUGUGCAAGGACAGCACACCAUGGAGUGGCAUGUCGCUGAGGGAGCUGGGAGCCUCUAGGCCUUCAGGCCUGGACUCCACAUCCCUGGCCCCUGUGGCUCUCCAGCCUGCAGAGGCCAGCGUGAGCCUCUCCAGCUAUGCUCCUGGGCCGGCCAGCCCUGCAGCCCAGGGGCAGCCCUACCUGUAUCGGAAGGAGGAGCCCCGGCUGAAGAAGACAGCUUUUGCCUUUGGCUUGGGCUGGUCAAGAAGUCUAAAAAAGGUGUGGUACUCCACACAGAUCUUCCAGAAGUUCUUACACUCAUCUCUGCUCCCCAACAAGAAUUCUAAUGUGUCCUGCUGGGGCUCUUGCCACACCCGCACCUGGAGAGCCAGCACUGGCUACCUGAAGCCCUCCAGCCUGCCCAUGGCCCUCCUGCCGGACACCCUGGUGGGCCUCUGUGCCAGGGGCCUGGUGGAGCUUGAGUGGGGUUUCCUGAUCCCUGCCAGCACUCACCUGCUGUGCCCCGCAAGGCGUGCAAAGGCCCUGUGGCUCUCCCCUGCACACUGCCCUUCUGUGUCUCCACAGGAGCUCACCAGCUACUUCCAAAGGCACGACGAGGUCCUGACAGAACUGGACAAGGCCACCAAGCGCUGCAGGAAGCUGGAGCUGCUCUACAAAGAGUUCGAGCUCCAGAAGGUCUGCUACCUGCCUCUCAGCGCGUUCCUGCUGAAGCCCCUCCAGCGGCUGGUGCGCUACCGCCUGCUGCUGAGCCGCCUGUGCCAGCACCACCCACCCGGGCACCGGGAUCAUGCCGACUGCCGCGACGCCUUGAAGGCCAUUACAGAGGUGACCACCACGCUCCAGCACAGCCUCACCCGCCUGGAGAACCUGCAAAAGCUGAUGGAGCUGCAGCGGGAGCUGGUGGGCGUGGACAGUCUCGUCGCCCCCGGGAGGGAGUUCAUCCGGGAGGGCUGCCUGCACAAGCUCACCAAGAAGGGCCUGCAGCAGAGGAUGUUCUUCCUGUUCUCAGAUGUGUUGCUGUACACAAGCAAGAGUGUAGCAGGGACCAGCCACUUCCGGAUCCGGGGUCUCCUUCCACUCCGCGGCAUGCUGGUGGAGAGCGAGAGCGAAUGGGCUGCUCCUUACUGCUUCACCAUUUAUGCAGCACAGAAGACAGUUGUGGUGGCAGCCAGCACGCGUCAGGAAAGGGAGAAGUGGAUGCUGGACCUGAAUGCUGCCAUUCAAGCAGCCAGGAGCAGGAGCACCCCGUCCCUGGAGCUGCCAGGGGGCAUCUUGUGCACGCAAGCCCCCAGGUCCUCUGAUGAGAUCUCACUGGAGCAGGAGUCUGAAGAAGAUGCCCGGGGGACCCGAGGCUCCCUGGAGGGGCAGGUCCAGCACCGGGCCAACACCAUGAUGCACGUGUGCUGGUAUCGGAACACGAGUGUGUCCAGGGCUGACCACAGUGCCGCUGUCGAGAACCAACUUUCAGGGUAUCUGCUGAGAAAGUUCAAAAACGGUGACGGCUGGCAGAAGCUCUGGGUGGUCUUCACCAACUUCUGUUUGUUCUUUUAUAAGACUCAUCAGGACGACCACCCCCUGGCCAGCCUCCCUCUGCUGGGCUAUAGUGUGAGUGUCGCCACGGAGGUUGAUGGCAUCCACAAAGACUACGUUUUCAAGCUGCAGUUCAAGUCCCACGUCUACUUCUUCCGGGCUGAGAGCAAGUAUACGUUUGAGAGGUGGAUGGAGGUGAUCCAGAGGGCCGGCACCUCACCUGGGCAGCCUCCAAGAUUCCCGCAGGACUGUCCAUAUGCUGCUGCCUCAGAGUCUGAAGGGGCAGUCAGGGAGGGGGAAGAGUGAACCCAUCUGGCCUGGACCAGGACCUGCUGUGGAAGGCUGUGGACAGCAGACCCAGCUGGGGCCCCAGAGCUUCCUGCCAGACAGGAGGCGGCACCAACAGCACUGGAGGCCUCAGUGACCCCCUGGCUUUUCCCCUCACAAUGCAGUGCAGGCCAGUGGAUGGCUGGGAAACAGAUGUCUCCAUCUCAUAGCUUCUCAAAAGGGACACAGAACCCUGCUUGGAGUGUGGGGCAGGGCCCCAUCUGAGGGCAGGCCUUGAACAACCAGCAGACAGCCCCACACAUGCCUGCAGGCCCUGCAGAGGCCCCAGGCUGGCCCAGGGGUCCCUGCAAGGCUAGUCUAGCAGAGCUGACCAGUCUCUACUCCAUGGGCCUCUGGAACAGCAGAGCUGAGCCCCUGGCCCGGGAGGAGUCACAUGCCACCUGUUAACUUCUGUGACUGAAGAUAAACAGCAUCUUCUCACCCGCC